AUGGUGAUAACAUUGACCAUUGUUAAAGGUAAGAAGGAAAAGCUUCAGAAGCAGCCAGAACAAAUCAUUCUAUCAGAGGUUCGUCAAAUGGUUCAGCAGAUGGAAGCCCUCAAUCAGCAGCUUGAAGAAACUGAAACUGCCAUAGAUGAAUAUUUCAAACCAAUUGAUAAGAGCGCUCAGAUUAUAAUGGACAUGCAACUGGACAAAGAAGAGACACAAGCGAAGGAGAUGGCAAAAAUAAUGAAAGAGCAAAUAGCAAUGCAAAGAGAAAUUGCAAGCAAGAGAGCUCAAGCCACUUUCAUAAGGUCUAAAGAUGCCCAACAGAGUGAAAAGGUGGCUGAAUGUUCUCCAAAGGAAGAUGCCAUAAAAUAAUCACCGGUCAUUUUUCCCUUGUCUUUUCUGUAAACAAGUAUUGCAAGUGGAUUUUUUACAAAGACUUGCUGGGCUAGGCAAUAAGUAUGGACCCCAUGGUAGUACAGUUUCCAUAUUUUGUCACUAACAAGAGGCUAUCCUUUUCCCGGGCAGAGCUCGGAAUAGUGCGCUUUAUUAACCAAGACUGAAAUCAUGGAAAAAUUGCCCAAUGUGAUUUUUGCCUAUGAAA